AGUCCCCGCUCCUGCUGCCGUCUCUCCGCCUCUUCAUCCCUCCUCUGCGCCUGGUGUCUGCGGCCAUGUGGCAGGUCGUCCAGAGGGGCAGCGUGCAGGACUACGGGACGGUGGAGGAGUUCAUCAGCACAGUUUCAGACAUCGUUCCUGAUCUUCUGAAUGCAGAUCAGAAAGCUCAGCUCCUCCUGGGACUCAGAGCGCGGGUGGUUCUUGAAUUGUGUCGGGCCGAGCAGAUACAAGACACAGAAACCAUCGAGAUGCACCUGGAGCGGAUCAAGGCCCUCGUGUCCACCUGGGCAGCACAGCCAUGCUUUGCAGAAGUUGAGUUUCCAGAAUCCAACUUUGUGGAUCAGGUUGAAUUGUUGUUGAAAGACGCUGAAGAAAAGGAGAAGUUUUUCCAGGAUGUCUUUCCUACAGAUUUCGGGCCUGAAUAUGACGGCGCUCUACAGGUGCUAAUGCUGGAUUUCCUGUCCAGACUGGAGAAGCUUCUUCCAGUGCCAGACAUUCAGCAGACUGCCUCCAUGCUCAGUGCUGUCCCAUCUGCUCUGGAGGAGUGUGUGCACUCUGUUCCCGACCCACAGCACCUGAAAACUGUGCUCCAGUACCACACAACACUGGGACAUUUCGACUUAUCUG